GGAAAAAAACCAAACCGUCACCAUGGGCAGGAUCAUUUUUUAUGAGGAGAGGAACUUCCAGGGUCGUUCCUAUGAGUGCAGCAGUGACUGCUCCGACAUCCACAUGCACCUGAACCGCUGCAACUCCUGCAGAGUGGACAGUGGGUGCUUUGUGGUGUACGACCACCCCAACUUCAUGGGUAAUCAGGUCUUCUUGAGGAGAGGAGAGUACUCUGAUUUCCAGCGCAUGGGAGGCAUGACGAUGAUGGAUACCAUUCGCUCCUGUCGCAUGAUCCCCAUGCACAGGGGACAGUUCAGGAUGAGGAUCUAUGAAAGAGAGAACUUUGGAGGCCAGAUGCACGAGCUGAUGGAUGACUGCGAGUCCCUCCAGGAACAAUUUUAUAUGUCUGACUGCCAGUCCUGCAACGUGCUGGACGGCCACUGGCUGAUGUUCGAACAGCCCAAUUUCAGAGGGCGCAUGAUGUACGUGAGGCCAGGAGAGUACAGGAACCUCAGAGACAUGGGAGUGAGCAACAUAAUGAAAAUCAGCUCCAUCAGACGCAUCAUGGAAAUGUGCUGAUUGUCUGUCCGUUCACAAGAAACUCUGGGAGAAAAAUAAAAAAAAUGAAAUAUU